AUGGAUGCUAUCGAUCGUGCACUUGAAGCCUUGGCAAUGGAUGCCAUCGAUGCCCUACGUGGAUUCUUUCUUCUAGCCGCUGCCACUACUAUCACGAUUAGCAUCCCCUCAUCCUUGCGAUCUCGAUUCCUGGUAUACGGUCCCCGCGCGGUACCAGCAUCUGCCACAGAAUCUUCAACAUCAAAAGCCCCCGCCUCCUCGGGCUUGCUUGACUACUUGGCUACCUGGCAGGUGCCACAUAGCUAUUUCGCCCAGUUCUACAUUGCCUCCGUUCUUUCUUCCACAUUCUGGGCAAUCCAGCUAGUCUUCCGGGGUCGAGUAUUUCAGCUUAUUGCCACACGAAUCAGCGAAGAGCAUGCAAGACAAUCCAUAUCCCUCACACAGGUCCUGAUCUGUUGGAUUCUGCUGGCCAUCCAAGGCUCCCGUCGAUUAUGGGAAAGCUAUAAGUUCGCCAAGCCUUCAUCGUCACAGAUCUCGGUCGCACACUGGGCGCUAGGGUUGGGAUUCUACCUAGCUGCAGGCGUGGCCAUCUGGAUUGAAGGAUCAAGUGCCAUCUUAUCACACAGGCUUACAGUGGACGACGUGAAAAUGACCAACGCCCCAACCAUGCGUACUUUCCUCUGCGUACCGCUAUUUUUGAUGGCAUCAGGCUUGCAACACGACUGCCAUCACUUCCUCUUUUCUUUGAAAAAGUACACGCUCCCAGACCACCCAAUUUUCCGAGGGGCUGUUUGUCCUCAUUAUGGGGCCGAAUGCAUUAUAUAUUUAUCGCUUGCACUUCUGGCAGCACCACCAGGUCAAAUGGUCAACAAGACUCUGUUGGCCUGCUUCGCCUUUGUGGCCGUGAACCUCGGUCUGACGGCACGUACAACAAAGGAAUGGUAUGUGCAGAAGUUUGGUAGAGAGGCAGUACAGGAUCGAUGGCUUAUGGUUCCGUGGAUCUAUUAA